AUGGAGGCCAUUAUUGCCGCUCUCGCGGCCACUCAGCUGGACUGGGCCACUCCUACCGCGAUACUUGGGCUACUCCAACCUCAGAAUUUCCCCUUCAUCUUCCUUUUCAUCUUCCGCUACCUUCGCCUCGUUGUCCACAUAGUGUUCUUCUGCCUCUACAAGCCGUCACCGGUUCCCGCACGCCGAUCCAUCAGCGAGAAAGAUUGUUCGGUCAUCCUCCCGACGGUGGACCCGGAGAAUGCACGAUUUCGCGAAUGUCUGUCCUCGAUACUCGUCAACGACCCGCUGGAAAUCCGGAUUGUCACGGUAGGAAGACGCCGAUUGAAGCUCACCAAGCAGAUCCUCAGACCGUACCAGGCGGCGUUCCCUUCGAUCGACAUUCACGUCUCAGCCACCGAUGUUGCUAACAAGCGUGCACAGAUUGCCAGUGCCCUGUUCUACAUCCGCGGCGCCAUCACUGUCCUCGUCGACGACAGCGUUUCCUGGCCAUCCCCAGAUUUCCUCCGGACCGCCACCGCGCCCUUCGAAGACGGCCGAGUGGGCGGGGUGGGCACGAACAAGCGCGUGCUGCGGGAGAAUCUGGGCUUCGGGUUCGCCUCGUUCUGGAACAUGAUGGGCGCGCUGUACCUGGAGCGACAUAAUUUCGAGAUCCGAGCCACCAACGCGGUCGACGGCGGUGUCUUUGUCAUCUCGGGCCGGACGUGUGCAUACCGCACCCGCAUCCUACAAGACCCGAAGUUCAUGUAUCGGUACAAGCACGAGCACUUCCUGUUCGGGCUCUGUGGGCCGUUGAACGCCGACGACGACAACUUCAUCACGUGCUGGCUCGUCACCCACGGCUGGAAGAUCAAGGUGCAGUACUGCCAGGAGGCCAUGAUCGAGACCGUGCUCGGCACCUACCCGCGGUUCCUGUCCCAGUGUCUCCGCUCGUCGCGCACCACCUGGCGCAGCAACACGGCCUCUCUGUUCACCGACCGCACCGUCUACCGCGCGCAGCCGUGGUGCGUGUACGCCGUCUACCUGACCUCGCUGGUCAACUUUGCCCUGUUCUACGACGCGGCCCUGGUCUACUCGCUGACCGCCACCGACUUUUACAGCCGGGACGCGCUGCUCAUGUUAGGUACGUGCAUCUGUGUCUCCAAGCUGAUCAAAUUGGCCCCGUAUUUCUGUCGCCAUCCCGCCGACUUGAUCUACCUGCCGGGUUACUUUGUCUUUGCUUACUUCCACAGCUUCAUCAAACUCUAUGCCGGCUUGACCUUCUGGGUCACCACCUGGGGAGGUCGUGAUUUGGACGCCGUCACCCGUCAGGGCGGCGACGGCGACGACGACGGAAACGAUGACAACAACGACGACAACGACAACGACGACAAUGAGAGUCGGCCGUCUGCUUCUUUUCGCUUCCCUUCGCCUGACCAAUCCGACUGGUUCUAUGAGGAAUUACCGGAUCAUUGGUUCAUCGAGUCGCUUGGUCCUGCUCUCGAUCAAGUGUCUACUUCUUCUCGCUCGUCUGAUCUUUCUCUUUCUGGUCUGUCUGAUCGUUCUGGUCUGACUGCAGCUAUGACUGCGCGACGUCGAGGAAAGGCUCCAGCUCAACUCCCUGUCAAGACGCCAUGGGGUCUCGUCACACCCGGCAAAUUCGAUCUAUCCCGUACCCCGGCCAAUGUGCUCAUGGACCCACGACCGCGCACACAUGCGACGUGGCCUCGCACCUGGAACUGGACGACCCGCCAGAGCCACGGCGACGUCGACGAUGACUACCAACAGCAGCACCAGCAUGGACACGACGACUCGCAGCUCCAGACUGUCGCAUCUGCCAACACCACCGGUCAACUUUCCACGUCUGCACGCUCGCCUUUGCAGGAUUUCGACAACUACGUCGACAACGACAUGACUGGUGACAAUGGCUCUGGCUCUGGCUCCCUACCUAUUCAGCCCAGUGGCCGUACCAACGGUUACAGUCUGGACGACAUCGAAACUGGCCCCGCCACCGCCACCGCCAGUAUCGGUUCUUCAUCUGCAUCUCGCUCAGUCUCGACUACCGUGCCCAGUCUCGCCACGCCGCCGUCUUCGCCGCCCGCCAUGGACCUUGGUCUUGGAUCUGGUCUUGGAUCUGUUUCUGGUUCGGAUUGCGCCAUUGAUUUUGCUGUCAAUGUUGGUCUUGAUGUUGACGUUGAUCUUUCACCCGUGACCGUGACUGUGACUUCUCCGGCCGGACGUGACAAUGACCACAACCACAACCACAAUCACAACCGCAACCACAACCGCAACCACAACCGCGGUCCGCGCCGCCAAAGCCAGGGCCAGAACAAAUACGCCCGCUCCUGGGUCCGAGGCUCGCCUGAGUCGUGCAAUCGUCUGCAUUUCGACGGUGAGAUGAUGCGUCCGAGCCAAUGUGUUUUGGAGGAGCGGGUUUGA